AUGAUGAACUGGUUCGGCCUCGGGGCCGAUGAUGCUGCUGAGGAUAGCCGCCAAACCGCAUCCUUGGUUGACCAUGACGUGAUGGAGAAGAAGAAGAAGAAGAAAGAGAAGGCGAAGAAGAAGAAGCAGGCAGCCGUCGCCAGCAUCGGAGAGGGAAGCUCCGUUGCCUCGUCGGUCGAGCCUGCUCCCAAGAAAACUACCAAGAAGAAGAAGACGGAAACUGGGAAGAAGAAGUCGGAUUCUGCUGGGAAGAAGAAGAAGAAGUCGGAUGUGGUGGAUGACGAUGAUAGUGAUGACGAGAGGAAGACGAAAUCAAAGAAGAAAUCCGCCGCCGGCGACAAGAAGGGCGGUACCGAAACCAAACAGCUGGCGCAGGAGAUGCAGGAUGCCGCUGCUUGGUGGUUGGAUUUGGGAUCUGGUGGGGAUCCCAAUGCCGCGGCGGCGGCCGACGCAAACACGAAAAAGAUGAAAGGCGACAUGAAUUGGUGGGAAUCCUCGAAUCCUGAUGUGGACAUUGACGAGAUUUCCGGAAUCGAUCUAGGCGUAGACGACGAUUUCAAACCAAUCGACGAGUUUGAUGGAGCGGACCUCAGCUUCGACAUUAUGGCCAACCUUAGGACCCGGGAAGCUCCUAAGUACGAAAAGCUAGAUGCCGGUGAGGUUUCCGCCGAAUCGGGAGAGACUCGAACCAAACAAAUGAAAGAUGCCAUGGGCUGGUGGACCAAAGCCUAUCAUGAUGAACAGGCAGGAGUCGAAGCCGACAAAGGCAUUCUCGCGGAAAGCGCGGAGGAAAUGCAGGAGAUUUUGCAGUGGUGGGCCGAUCGUGGGAAGCUUUACCAGGGGCCUACUGCUGACGACAAGAAAGCGCUUGCUACAAGGGAAAUUUUGAGCAAGUGGGGAGACGAAAGUCUCAGCGACAAAAAGAAAGCCAAGGAACUCCAGGAGUGCUUGAGCUGGUGGUUCGAACACAAAGAUGACUACGAGCAAAGCAUGGCGGAACUUGGUGUCAAGUCGGAUCAAUUCCGCAAAAUGGACCACUUCUUCGAUUGGUACCGCGCCAAAGCUGGACCACCCAAGGAAAAACUCGAGUUUGACCCAGCUUCCGACCCGUCCCAAGCGAAGAAGAUCGCCAAAGAUUUGGAAGCGAAGAUGGAAGGACUUCUCAACCAAGACUUUGACGACCUUCAAGCGGACGUUGGACCCACCAAGGUUGACCCGUUCAAGAAAGUCAAGCAGUGCAUGGGAGAAUGGACGUUCCGUUCGUCGCCAACUCCCAAGACAGCCGAUAAGCAGUUAGAAGAAGCGCUCGACUGGUACCGCAAGAAUGGAAGUGCUUUUGAUCCCGAGACGGCGCCUCAAUUGGAAAUCAGCAUGUACAAGAAGGUGAAACAUUGCUUUGAUGCUUGGGGACUGAAGGAGCCCUCCGAGGAAGUUAACUCCGAGAAAGUGGCAAAGGAGAUGAAAGACGCCGUCAAGUUCUGGAAGAGGAACAAGGGGGCUGACGAGAGUGAUCUUGACCCCUUCGAAGCCGAGCGAAUGAUGAAGAUUAAGCGAGCAAUGGUUUUUCUACGAAACGACCCCUUUGCAAGUGUGGAAGAUGCAAAGAAAGUUCAGGAAGAAAUUGAGGAAGUGCUAGGAUGGUGGAAACGCAGCGGUAAAAGUUUCGACCCGGACAAAGCAAGUUUGGACGAGCUGAAGAUGUACGAGAAACUAAAGCAAAUUUUCUCCGAUUGGAAUGACGACGGGUCUAUUGAGCAGGAGCGAGCGACAGGUGAUCUGCUUGACGCGUUGUCGUGGUGGAAGCGAAACGGAAAGAGCAUGGAUCCGGAAGAUUUCGAAGGCGAGGAUCUGAUCAAGUUCAACAAAGUCCAAGAAGGGAUGCGCAACUGGAGAGCCAAGUCCUUAGAGUCCUUGGACGAAUCGAGUGGGAAGGAAUUGGACGAAGCCAUGAAAUGGUGGUCGCGAAAUAAGAAGAAGAAGCCGCAGAAGAUGGAUCCCGACGACCGAAAGACUUAUGACAAGUUGGCGCAAAUCUUUGGUGGCUGGGGCGGAAUGCAGAUGCCAGCUUACAAUUCUGGUGACGACACGCCUGAAGAUGUAAUGACAUACAUGAGGAACAAGGAGAGCAUACAUGAGCUAGAGAAUGCGUUGGAAAUAUGGAAGAAGUUCGGCAAGCCGUUGGGUAGCCUCGAGAGUGUCAUUGAAAACCCGCUUGAGCGGAGCGCGGUUGAGAAGCUGCUCGAUUCGAUGAGUCUGUGGCAGAGAAUGAAAUCGGCCGACCCUUUGACAGCAGACGAAGCGGAAAGCGUGGCGAGCGAAAUGAAGCACGCAAUGAAGUGGUGGGACGAUGAUGGUGGCAAGGACUUCGAUGCCGACCAGGCAAAGGAGGAAGCGCAGGUUGAUUGGUCCAGGGCUGCCCAAGCGGAGGAAGCGGUGUCUCUCUGGCACGAUGCCAUUGGUAAACCAGGAAAAGUUCCAGCGCUACAUUCACUGCCAGCUCCCGAGGCUGAGAAAGCAGUCAAGGAGGUCGAAGACGCGAUGGGAUGGUUCCGCAAAGUGGGACAAUUUAUGGAUUUGGACGACGCGGAGGCCGAGGCCAAAAAGUACGAGAAAGCAAAACGAUUCGCGCAGUGGUGGGGUCAAUACGGCUCACCAGUUGACGCAGAACGUGCUGCUCGUGCGUCGAAAGAGCUUGAUGACUUGUUAUCUUGGAAUCGUACUACAAAGAAGAAGAAGAAAAGCGACCACCCAGAUAAGUUGAACAAGCUGAAGGGUGUCCUUGGUGUGUGGUCCGGAGACGAGGAUGGGGAUGUGAACGACAAGGAUGUUUGCAAAGAUCUUGGAGAUGCGGUAUCUUGGUGGCGCGACAGAGGCUACAACUGUGACACAGAGUCGUUGAAGCGUGCCGACAGGAAGAAAGUGGAUCAGUUGAUGCAGAUAACGAGAUAUCUUGAGCAAAACGACAAGGAUGCCUUCAAGUCUGAGGGUGGAGUGGAUUGGAGUCGCACUGGCAAAGGUCAGGAGGAUGUUGCCGAUGUGGUUGCUUAUCACAUGGACGAUGUCUUUGACUGGUUCGCAGGCGGGAAGGGACGCGCAGAAAAGAAGAAAAAUGUCGAGAAAGCCAAGGAUGUUGGAAAUUGGUGGGAACGAGUGGAUAAGAGCAAAUCCUUUGACCCUAAUGAGCCAUCCUGCUUCUUGCCCUCAGAGAUUGAGCAGAUGUACAGUGUGACGAACGAACUCGGGCCACUACUGAAGUGGUGGCAUGAUAAGGGAAGAGUGUUUGCUGUCAGGAGCUCCAACAUGACGCAGAAAGAGGCGGACAAGCUCACAAAGAAGCUCGACAAAGCGCACAAAUGGUUGAGCGCAAGGAGGAAAGAUGGUUCACUGAACGACGAAGACCGUAAGAAAGCUAGAAAGAUGGCCGAAACUCUGGGUUGGUUACGGGACCAAGAACAUGGCGGAGCAUACGGCGAUCCCUCGGGAGUUGCCGCGGGGGAUAACGUCCCGCCGGGCGACCUGGGUGAUUCGCUGGAGGCGCAAAGAGCAAACGAAAUGGAAGACGCCCUUGGAUGGCUUCGCAACAACGACUUCAAUUAUGAUGAUCCCGAUCUCGACGACAUGACCGUCAAGUCAUUCAAGCUAGUGGAAUCGAUCAUUCCUAGUGGCGGUGACCUGUCCGUUUCUCAGAAGAGUGAAACGAUGGAUAACCUGCUGAGCUGGCUCCGUGAGCCGGGGAAUGAAAACGCAAGUGUUGCUGAUGUUUCUGUCGCCUCAUCAAAAAUUGUCUUCGACCCUACCAAACCGAAGACGGCUGAGGAGGAGAAAGCCGCGUCGAUGGCAGACGCACUAGCAUGGCUGCAAUCGAAUGAUGCGGUGGACGAUGUGGUUCUUGAUGAUCCUUCAUUUGCUUCCUUCACGAAAAUUUCUGGAAUGGCUGGACUUUCUCGUGCUGAAGAAGAUGCCCACGCGAAUGACCUGGAAAAUGCACUGAACUGGCUUCGUAGCGGUGGUGACAAGUCUGUCGCUGGCGACGAACCUUCCGUGGCAUCAUACUUGCAAUCAGUGGAUCCAAGAGCUCUUCCUAAAGGUGGGCCGAUGACAGACGAGGAGCGCAAAGCACAAUCAAUGGCUGAUGCGCUUGCAUGGUUGAGGACCAAUGACGCAGCAGACGAUUCCCCGAUGGACCUCAUGUCGAUUGCCUCCUUCCAAAGUGCUGGGUCGAUCCCCAUGCCUGCGGCAGCGGAUGCAGACGCUGGCAACAUGGCCGCCUUGAACUGGAUGAGAGAGAACGCUGCUGUCCCAAUGGGUUUUGAUGACCCAUCUGUUGCAUCUUUCGGGAAGCCUGGCACUGGGCCCAGAACUGGCCCCAUGACAGACGAAGAGAAGAAGGCCGCAGCGAUGACAGAUGCCUUGAACUGGCUGAGGACUUCAGAGACAGGUACUGAUGGACUGGAUGACCCUGAUGCCCUGGCAAAAAUGUUGGCAGCAGAAGCUGAUGGCUUUGGAGCUCCACUUUCCGGUGGGGCCCAGAAAGCGCAGGACAUGUCCAAUGCUUUGAAUUGGCUCAGGAGCAAUGCAGCAGGUUCUGAUCUUGACGACAUCUCAGUGGCUUCUUAUGCCAAGGCUGCAGCUGGUCCCAGAACAGGCCCUCUAACCCAGGAAGAGAGGAAAGCCGAUGCAAUGAAUGAUGCCCUCAACUGGCUUCGGAGUUCUGAGGCAGGAACUGAUGGGUUGGAUGACCCUGAUGCCCUGGCAAAGAUGCUGGCAGCUACCAGCGAAGGUAUCGGUGGUUCUUUGUCUCCGGAAGACGAAAAAGCACGUGAUAUGGCGAAUGCGCUCGACUGGCUUCGGAAGAGCAAUGCAGCAGAUGGAGGUUUGGAUGACAUCUCUGUGGCCUCAUAUGCCAAAAUUGGCAAGGGCCCUCGGUCUGGGCCCUUGACAGAUGAAGAAAGGAAGGCCAGUGCAAUGAAUGAUGCACUGAACUGGCUCAGGGGUUCUGAAGCAGGGGCUGAUGGGUUGGACGAUCCAGAUGCCCUUGCUAGGAUGUUGGCGGCCUCAUCGGAUGGGCUUGGUGGCUCCCCAGCUGAUCAAAAAGCGCAAGACAUGGCCAGUGCCCUUGAUUGGCUCCGGCAGAAGAAUGUUGCGGGGGAUGACUUGGAUGACAUCUCUGUGGCCUCAUAUGCCAAAAUUGGGAAGGGCCCUAAAACUGGACCACUGACGGAUGAAGAAAGGAAGGCCAGUGCCAUGAAUGAUGCCUUAAACUGGCUCAGGAGUGCAGAAACAGGGACUGAUGGUUUGGACGACCCUGAUGCACUUGCUAAGAUUCUUGCUGCGUCGGGGGGUGGCCUUGAUGGUCCAUUGUCCCCUGGCGACCAGAAGGCCCAGGACAUGGCCAAUGCCUUGAACUGGCUUAGGCAGACAAAUGCAGCUGGGGGUGAUUUGGAUGACAUCUCCGUUGCCUCCUAUGCAAAGAUUGCGGCAGGGCCUAGGAUUGGAGCCCUUUCUGAUGAAGAGAGGAAAGCUAAUGCAAUGAAUGAAGCGUUGAACUGGCUCAGAGGCUCAGAGGCAGGGACUGAUGGACUGGAUGACCCCGAUGCUCUUGCAAAGAUUCUAGCGGCUUCUGGGGGGAUUGCUGGUCUUGAUGUUGGCAUUGACCUGAACGACCCGAAAGCAAAGGCUAUGGAGGAUGCGUUGAAUUGGCUGCGAAGUGGCAAUGUUGGGGCUGAUGGGAUUGAUGACCCCCUUGCAUCUAGUUUAGGAAAAAUCAGCUUGGGGCCGAGAAAAGGCCCUAUCUCCCCGGAAGAGAGGAAGGCACAAGCAAUGUCAGAUGCAUUGGAUUGGCUUAAACUGAAUGAUGAUAUCAACCUGGAAGAUGUUGACGACACUACUCUUGAGUCGUUCAGAAAAUUUGCAGGAAUGGAAAUGCCAAAACCUAAACUGGGGGCUGAUGUCAAGGCCAAAGCGAUGGAUGACGCAUUAGGCUGGUUGCGAAGCAAUGAAUUUGACUUUGGAGACCUGGAUGACAGUACUGUUGAUUUACUCUCCAACCUAGCAGGGCUACCAACUCCCGAAGCAGAAUUGUCUGAGGAUGUGAAAUCCAAAGCAAUGGCAAAUUCUCUGGACUGGCUGAGAAGUGCUGAUUUGGAUAUUGAUGACGUCGAUGACGAAUCUUUAGCUGCAAUGGCCACUCUUGCUGGUAUUGACAUUCCCAAGGGAAAGCUCAGCUUGAAUAUGAAAGAGACUUUGAUGGAUGAUGCUCUCGGCUGGCUUCGAGAGAACGACCCAUCUGGAGAUCUUGACGAUGCUGCUCUGUUGAGCCUUUCAGAUUUGGCAGGCCUUAGCAUCCCGAAAGCAGAACUUUCUGAGGAAGCAAAGUCAAAGGCAAUGGAGGAUGCCCUCGGUUGGCUCAAAAAUAACAAUCCAGACUUGGACGGUGUUGACUUCGACACGCUCAAGGCACUGGAGAACCUUUCUGGGGUUGCCAUGCCUGGACUUGAGCUGUCUAACCAGCAGAAAGCUGAUGCCAUGGAUGAAGCUUUGCAGUGGCUCCGAAGUAACACUGGCGGUAUCGAAGAUGUUGAUGACUCAGCUCUUGAAGCACUGUCAGGUUUGACCGGUGUUCCAAUGCCCAGAGCAAAGAUGUCAGAAGAUUCAAAAGCCAAGGCAAUGGAAGACGCAUUGGGGUGGCUGCGGAACAACAACCCUGAUCUUAGUGGUCUUGACCCUGGAACUGUAACAGCGUUAGCAGAUCUCGCAGGGAUGUCUAUGCCAAAGGGUUUGCGCACCCAAAACGAGAGGGCGCAAACCAUGGAUGAUGCCCUAAACUGGCUACGAAACAAUGACCCAGACAUUGAUGACAUGGAUGAGCACGCACUGUCUGCAUUGGCAAAUCUUGCUGGAAUAUCAGUGCCUCGAGGGGACCUUUCAGACGAGACUAAGGCUGCAGCUGCAGAUGAUGCAUUAGCCUGGCUAAGAGAUAAUAGCCCUGAUUUUGAUGGGCUCGAUCUGGAUGAGUCUGCGCUGGAGGCACUCGCAGGCCUUACAGGAAUUGAUCUUCCCCGCGGGUCACUCUCUGGAGAUGCCAAGCGAAAAACCAUGGAAAAUGCCUUGGACUGGUUGCAACACAAUGAUCCUCUCCUUGACAACAUUGAUGCACCAACCAUAACUGCAUUUUCGAAAGUAACAGGGAUUCCAAUGCCAACCAAGCUUACAUCGAAAAAGAAGAAGAAGUUCAUGAAGGAUGCUCUCAGUUGGUUAAGGCAAAAUGAGGUUGAUUUGGACCAAGAUUUUGAUGAUUCCACCGUGGUGGCUUUUGCCAGCAUUGCAGAUAUUGGAAUGCCUCGUGAAACUUUGACCAGUGCGGGAAAGGAGGAAUAUCUUUCAAGUGCGCUGGAUUGGUUGCGGGACAACACAGUUGAUGUUGAUGAUCUGGACAGUGAUGCUUUGCUUGCUUUGACAGAACUUGCUGGCAAGCCAAUGCCCCUUGGUGAAUUGUCUGAUGAUGCCAAGGGAAAGGCAAUGGAGGAUGCAUUGAAUUGGUUGAGGAAUAACAACCCCGACAUGGAUGACCUUGAUCCCACAACAACAGCAGCAAUGGCUAGUCUUGCAGGGUUGAAGCUUCCAAAAGGUUUAAAGAAUGACAAGCAAAGGGCCAAGACAGCUGAAGCUGCGCUUGCUUGGCUACGCGAUAAUGACCCAAACCUAGAUGGGGUGGAUCCUUCGGCGCUUGCUGCUCUGUCCAGCUUUGCUGGCAUUGAGAUUCCUAAGGGCUCCGUGGAGGCUAGAGAUAAAUCCCGUACAAUGGACGAUGCUCUGAACUGGCUUCGAAACAAUGAUCCUGAUGUCAGCGAUCUGGAUGAUGAUGCUCUUGCAGCUCUGACUCAGCUUGCAGGUGUACCUUUGCCGAGGGGGGAGCUUUCAGAGAAUGCGAAGUCAAAAGCCAUGGAUGAGGCGCUUGACUGGCUAAGGAACAAUGAAUUGGAGGGAAGCGAUGUUGACGACCCUACCCUGGCUGCCCUUGCUGACAUUGCUGGUAUCUCGAUGCCCAAAUUACAACUAUCGAGAGAACAGAAAUCCAAUGCCAUGGAAGAUGCCCUUGGUUGGCUGAGAGAUAAUGAGCCUGAUGUUGAUGAUGUUGAUGAUGAUGCGUUAGCAGCACUAGCCAACCUUGCAGGCUUGCACCCUGGUGCGCUGCAGUCUUCCGGACAAGGACAAAAGCAGGCUCUGUUGGAUGACGCACUUGACUGGCUUCGAAGCAAUGACAUGGAGGCCAUAGAUCUGGAAGACCCAAAGCUAGCCGCAUUGCUCAACCUUGCAGGACCAUCUUUGGACUACCCUCCCUUGAACAUAGAUGAUGCAAGAAGGAGGGCCAUGGAGAAAGCACUUUCGUGGCUCAGGAACAAUGACCCAGAUCUUUCAGGCAUUGAUGCUUCCACUGUUAGGGCCUUUUCGAAGUUGACAGGAUUGACAAUGCCCAAGAAGCUGUCUGCCAAGAAUAACAAAAAGUUUCUGGAGAAAGCACUUGGAUGGUUGCGGAAGAAUGAUGCUGAUAUUGAUAGCAAUCUGGACCAUCCCACGGUUGAAGCUGUAACAAGGCUUGCCGGUAUUCCAUCCCCCAGGGGACCUUUGUCGCCAGAUGAGUCAAAGACAAAAUCCCUGGAUGAUGCUAUGGAUUGGCUUCGAAGCAAUGACUUAUCGCCUGAUGACUUGGACGACUCGGCACUGGAGGUACUCUCCAACCUCACUGGGAUUCAGAUGCCUACCUCGAAAACAGGUGAAGCUAUUGGGGACUUUGCUGAUGAUGCUCUAGAAUGGCUGAGAAACAAUGAUAUGAAUCUGGGCGAUUUGGAUGAUGAUGCUCUAGAAACAAUUACAAAGAUUGCAGGUGUCCCCUUGCCUGCUGGGGUUGUCACACGAGAAGCCAAGAAGAAAUCGUUGUCUGACGCCUUAGACUGGUUACGGGAAAACAACCUAGAUGUCAUGGAUAUUGAUGACCCAACAGUUGAAGCACUUUCAAACUUGACUGGUAUGCCCCUACCCGACUCGCUAUCUCCAGAGGACAAGAUCUCGUUUUGUGAUGACGCCUUGAAUUGGCUGCGAGAUAAUGACCCAAACUUUGAGGACAACUUGGACCAGACAACAGUUGAAGCACUAGCCAAGCUUGCUGGUCUUCCAAUGCCAUCAGCUUCGAAGGGAAUGGAUUCGGAGAAGCUUGCAAUGGAAGGUGCACUGGACUGGCUUCGCAAUAAUGAUCCAGAUCUAGACAAUGUGGAGGAUCAUACUAUGGAAGCAUUCCUGAAGCUAACAGGGGUUGAUCUGCCUGCAGAUAUGACGGCAGACGGAAAGAAGACAGCAAUGGAAGAUGCGCUGGACUGGCUUCGAAAUAAUGACCCAAGGCUGGAUGGAAAUUUGGACGACCUCACUCUAGAGGCGUUCACUGAAUUGGCAGGAGUCCCUCUUCCAUCCUCAGUUUCAAUCAGGAAAGCAAAGAAAGCUUCUGUUGAUGAUGCUCUGGCCUGGCUGCGAAGCAAUGAGCCAGAUGCAUCAAUGAUCGAUGACGCUACGCUUGCUGCCCUUGCAAAUUUGUCUGGUAAGGAUCUUCCAGAUAGUCUUACUCUUUCCACCAAGAAACAGUUUGCCGAUGAUGCCCUUGAAUGGCUAAGACAGAAUGAAGGGCUACUGGACCAAGACUUAGAUGAUCCCUUUGUUGAAGCCUUGGCCAAUAUCGCAAAUCAACCCCUUCCACCAGGCAUUAUAUCCAAUGCUGCGAAGAGAAAAGCAAUGGAGAAUGCAAUUAAAUGGUUGAGAAAGAAUGAUCCAAACUUGGACAAUGUCGACAAUCCCACUGCAGAAGCAUUUUCCAGGUUGACAGGUCAACGCCUGCCGAAGAAGCUAACAAGCAAGACAAAGAAGAAGUUUAUGCAGGGUGCGGUGGGUUGGAUAAGGAAGAACAAUCCUGACAUUGAUAGCCACCUCGAUGACCCUACUGUUGAAGCAGUUACCAGCCUUGCAGGCACACCAAUGCCAGCAGCAGCCACCGCACAAGAGGCAAAGCAGAAAGCAGUGGACAAUGCAUUAGAAUGGUUCCGGAACAACGACCCUAAUUUGGACCACCUUGAUGAUCAAACCCUGGAGUCCUUGGCGAAGAUUUCUGGUCUGGAAUUGCCGACAUUCACGACAGAUGGGAAGAAGUCAGCAUUUGCUGCUGAUGCACUGGAGUGGCUAAGGAACAACGAUCCAAAUCUUGGACUUCUAGAUGAUGGCACCGUGGAGGACUUCAUGAAGUUAUCUGGGCUUCCAAUGCCACCUGGUGCCUCCACUCGGGAUGAGAAAAGGAAAGCUUUGGAGAAGGCAAUUGGCUGGUUGAGGAAAAAUGAUCCCAGCCUAGAUGAUGUUGACAAGGCCACCGCAGAGGCCUUCUCACGACUGACUGGUUUGCCCCACCCUAAAAAGCUUACACAAGGCAAGACAGCACGGUUCAUGGAGGAUGCCAUUGGUUGGCUGCGUAUCAAUGAUCCGGAUAUUGACAGCAAUUUGGAUGACCCCACUGUUGAAGCUGUGACUAAGUUGGCAGGCCAGGCACUCCCUCGUGGUAUGGUGCCAACAGAUCCAAAACGUAAACUUAUGGAAGAGGCACUGGCUUGGUUGCGCGACAAUGAUCCUGAUGUCGAUGAUGUUGACAACCCUACAGUUGAAGCAUUCUCGAGGCUGACAGGAGAACCCCUACCGAAGAAGCUUUCACCGAAGACCAAGAAGAAGUUUAUGGAAGGUGCACUAAACUGGCUGAGACACAACAAUCCUGAUAUUGACAAACAUCUAGAUGAUCCUACUGUGGAGGCUGUCACCAACCUGGCAGGUCUUCCCAUGACUUCAAGAUUGGAAGCAGCAGGGACGAAGAAAGCUGCAAUGGAUGAUGCCUUGAAUUGGCUCAGGAACAACGAUCCAGACUCGUCAGGUCUUGACGAUCCUUCCCUCCAAGCACUUGCAAAACUAGCAGGAGUGCAAUUGCCAGUGGAUGGCACUGCACCUGGUGCCAAGCAGAGAGCCAUGGAUAGUGCAUUGGAUUGGCUCAGGAACAAUGAUCCAGACUUUGGUGAUAUUGAUGAUGCAACUAUGGAGGCACUCGGAAAACUCUCAGGUGUGCCCAUUCAUGCAAGUAUGAGUGAUGAUGACAAGAAAGAUGCGAUGGAUGAAGCCCUGGCCUGGCUGCGUGACAAUGAUCUUGAUCUCAAGGGACUUGAUGAUCCGACGUUGGAAGCUCUCACUUCAUUAGCUGGUAUUCCUCUCCCUGAAGGGGCUGCAAGCAAAGCAGCCAGGAAAAAAGCUAUGGAAGAUGCAAUUGAUUGGCUGAGGCAGAAUGAUCCAAUCCUUGAUGGCCUUGACACUCCAACUAUUGAAGCUUUCUCGAGGAUAACGGGGUUGGCUUUGCCACGCAAGUUGACUGACAGCAGCAAAAAGCGGUUCAUGGAAAAAAGCUUGGCUUGGCUUCGACAGAAUGACCCGGAUUUGGACAAGCACCUGGAUGAUCCUACUGUAGAAGCUGUGACAAGCCUUGCUGGGCAUGCUCUUCCACCAGGUAUGGUGUCUCAAGGAGCACUAAAAAAUGCAUUGGAAGAUUCCUUGGAUUGGCUCAGAAACAAUGACCCCAAUAUUGACAACAUUGAUGAGCCCACAAUGGAAGCCUUGUCAAGUCUUACAGGUAUGAGUCUUCCAAAGAAGAUUUCCCAGAAGACAAAGGGAGACUUCGUGGACAGUGCUUUGGACUGGCUUCGGAAUAAUGACCCCAGUCUCGAUUUAGCCGACCCAAGUAUUGGCGCAAUCAUUGGAUUGGCUGGUGUACCACUACCCGCUGCAUCUACCCCAGGUGAUGCUAAGCAGAAUUCUCUGGAUAAUGCAUUGGAAUGGUUGAGGAACAACACGGUGCAUCCAGGCAGCAUAGAUGAUCCCACACUUGAGGCACUGUCUCUUGUGACGGACAUACCUCUUCCCUCUUCAAGGACUCCUGUGGAUAAGAAGAAAUUUAUUGAUAGUGCUUUUGAUUGGCUCAGAAACAAUGAGCCACAUGCACAAGCUAUGGAUGAAUCUACAUUGCAAAGUAUUACACAUCUUGCUGGAGUGCCUCUCCCGCUUGGAUCAACGGAUAGAGAUGCCAAAAGGAAGGCUAUGGAAGACGCCAUCAAUUGGUUAAGGAAGAAUGAUCCGGAUCUUUCAAGAGUGGAUAUGCCCAUUGCCCAAGCUUUGUCCAAUGUGACUGGUCUGCCUAUGCCAACAUCGACUUCACCUUCAACAAACAAGAAACACAUGGAAAAUGCCAUAAACUGGCUGAGAAAGAACCAACCGGAUUUUAGCAAGGUUGACCCAUCCACAGCAGCAACGAUAACCAGUCUUGCAGGAGUCCCCAUGCCAUCCUCUUCUGAAUUAGGUCCGGCCAAGAAGAAGGCUUUGGAUGAUGCGGUGAACUGGCUUAGGAAUAACGACCCGAAACUGGACAAUGUGAAAGAACUGACAGUUGAGGCCUUCUCGAUCUUAACUGGGUUGCCUGUGCCCAAAAGCAAGACACCCAAGGCCAACAAGAAGUAUGUGGAGGAUUCUAUUGGUUGGUUAAGGCAAAAUGAGCCCAAUCUUGGUCAAAUGAAUGAUGCAUCUGCAAAUGAGAUUGCAAAUGUUGCUGGUGUUGCCAUGCCCGCUGCUGGGUUAAGUUCAGCGCAAUUGAAGUCUCUGGAAAAUGCGGUGAAAUGGUUGAGAAAUAAUGAUGCACAGUUGGACAAUGUCAAAGAACCCACUGUGGAAGCCUUCUCCACCCUCACUGGUUUGCCAAUUCCAAGCAAACUAUCAGCAAAGGCCAACAAGAAAUUUGUGGAGGAUGCCAUCAGUUGGUUGAGGAGCAAUGAGCCCAACAUGAGUCGAGUUGACGAGCUUUCUGCAAUUGAGAUCACUAGUGUUGUUGGUCCGGCAAUGCCGACCGCACCAAAGCUGAGUCGAGCUCAGAAGGAAGCCUUGGCGGAUGCCGUGAACUGGCUGAGGGAGAAUGACCCAAAGCUGGACAAUGUCAAAGAGACCACAGUAGAAGCCUUCUCUAACCUCACUGGGACUCCAAUGCCCAGCAAACUGACACCCAAGUCUAACAAGAAAUUCGUGGAAAAUGCUGUCAGGUGGUUGAGAAACAAUGAUCCCAAUCUUGGUGACGUGGAUGAAGCUACAGCAAAUGAGUUAGCAAGUGUUGCUGGCAUUCCCUUGCCAUCUUCAUCCCUUUUAAGCGACAUACAAAUGAAGGUAUUGGAUGAUGCUGUGAACUGGUUGAGGAACAACGAUGCGCAAUUGGACAACGUGAAGAAGCCAACAGUGGAAGCCUUCUCCAAUCUAACUGGUAUGCCGGUGCCUCGUAAACUAACACCCAAGGCGAACAAGAAGUUUGUGGAGGAUGCCAUUGGUUGGUUGAGGAAAAAUGAGCCAAAACUUGAUCAACUCAACGAGCCAGCAGCUGUGGAGGUUGCAAAUGUUGCUGGUGCUGUCAUGCCCACCUCCAGUGAGUUGAGUCCUCUACAGAGGAAGGCUUUGGAAGAUGCAGUGAAGUGGCUAAGGGAAAAUGAUGCACAGUUGGACAAAGUCAAGUUGCCCACAGUUGAAGCCUUUUCGAACCUGACUGGUUUACCCUUGCCAAAGAGUCAGACGCCCAAGGCAAACAAGAAGUUUGUGGAGGAUGCUAUUGGGUGGUUGAGGAACAAUGAGCCAAAUCUUGGUGGUGUCAACGAGCCAACUGCAGUGGAAGUGGCCAAGAUGGCUGGAGUUCCAUUGCCAAGAUCCUCUGCGUUGAGCCCAGGGCAAAAGAAGGCAUUGGAAGAUGCGAUGGACUGGUUGAGGGACAAUGACCCAAAGCUGGACAAUGUGAAGGCACCCACAGUAGAAGCCCUCUCUGACCUCACUGGGUUACCCAUGCCUAGGAAGCUCUCACCAAAAGCUAACAAGAAGUUUGCCGACGAUGCAAUUGGCUGGUUAAGGAAGAAUGAGCCUGCUCUUGGUCAAGUGAGUGGGCCAGUUGCAGAAGAAGUUGCCAAAAUGGCUGGAAUUUCUCUACCCAAAUCAUCUGCAUUGAGCCCAGACCAGAAGAAGGCGCUGGAAGAUGCAGUGAACUGGCUCAGGGAAAAUGAUCCACAGCUGGACAAUGUGAAGGUGCCUGCCGUACAAGCCUUCUCUAACCUCACUGGGGUGCCGAUGCCUAGGAAGCUCUCACCAAAAGCCAACAAGAAGUUUGUGGAGGAUGCCGUUGGCUGGCUGAGGAAUAACGAGCCCAGUCUUGGUCACCUUGAUGAGCAGACGGCGAAGGAGGUUGCUAACAUAGCUGGUGUCACCAUGCCUCCUUCAUCCUCGUUAACCCCAUCUCAGAAGAAGGCAUUAGAAAAUGCCGUGAACUGGCUGAGAAACAAUGAUCCAAGACUUGAGAAUGUCAAGAAACCUGCUGUGGAGGCUUUCUCAAAUCUUACUGGGUUGCGGAUGCCAAGCAAUUUGACACCAAAGGCCAACAAAAAAUUUGUGGAGGGUGCCAUUGGUUGGCUGAGGAACAAUGAGCCCAAGCUUGAUCACAUCGACGAACCUGCUGCAAAGGAGGUUGCCAAUGUGGCUGGUAUCCCUAUUCCCACAUUAUCCGUGUUAAAUUUGGCGCAGAAGAAGGAGUUGAAUGAUGCAGUGAACUGGCUGAGGGCAAAUGACCCAAAGCCUGACAAAGACAACAGGAGGUACAUGGAAGAUGCUAUUGAUUGGUUGCGAAGCAAUGAGCCCAAUCUGGGCAAACUUGAAGUGCCAAUGGCACAGGAGGUCAUUAAUUUUGCAGGGGCCCCAACUUCUGUCUCAUCCAAGUUAAAUCCAGCUCAGCGUAAGUCUCUGGAGGAUGCGGUGAACUGGCUGAGGAAUAAUGAUGCACAGUUGGAGAAUGUGAAGAAGCCUACUGUGAAUGCCUUCUCCAACCUUACUGGGUUACCGAUGCCAAGCAAAGUGUCACCAAAAGCCAACAAGAAGUUUGUGGAGGGUGCUAUCAACUGGUUGAGGAACAAUGAGCCCAAGUAUGGAAAACUGGAUGAGCCAGCUGCAGUGGAGAUUGCCAAUGUUGCUGGUGUGCCUCUCAACGGCUCUCCGAAGUUGAGUCCAGCUCAGAAGAAGGCUCUAGAGGAUGCUGUGAACUGGCUCAGGAACAACAACCCACCACUAGAUAGGAUGGAGGGUCCAGCAGCAGAGGCCCUUUCCAGCUUGACAGGUUUGCCCUUACCGAAAGAAAUGACACCCAAAAACAAAAAGAAAUUUGCCCAGAAUGCCGUGAAUUGGCUCCGAAGCAAUGAACCAGAUAUCGAGAACAAUCUGGAUGACCCAACGGUUGAAGGCAUUACAAGGUUUGCUGGGCACCCUGCUCCCAAGGGUGUUCCUGAUAGAGAAGCUUUGAAGGUUGCUUUGGAAGAAGCCAUUGAUUGGCUAAGGAAGAACGAUCCUGUCUUUGAGGGCCACCCUGAAGCUACUUUAGAGGGAUUUUCGCGACUGACUGGUCUUCCACUUCCAGAAGAUCUGUCUCCACUAAACAAAUCGUCAUUUCUGGAAGAUGCAGUUGGUUGGCUCAGGAAGAACGACCCUGACCUGGAACAAUGUCUUGAUCAACCCACAGUUGAUGCUGUUGAAAGCCUUGUGUUGUCCUCGAGCGACAAGAACGAUAGACAGAAAGCUGUUGACGAAGCUGUUCGAUGGUUGAGGAACAAUGACCCCCGGCUGGACAAUGUAGAUGAUCACACAAUCGGUUCAUUUUCCAAUCUGACGGGAUUGCCCAUGCCCCAUGUCUUGACUCCAGCUUCCAAAGAGGACUUCAUGGAAAAUGCAAUUGAUUGGUUGCGGAAUAAUGACCCACCUCCAGCUAGAGCCCUUGAUGACCCCACAAUUGAGGAUCUUGUAAAUCUUGCUGGCCAAUCUCUUCCACCGGGAUUCACUCCGCUGUCUGCUAAGAGGAAGGCAAUGAAAGAGGCAAUUGAAUGGCUCAGAAACAAUGAUCCGAGAUUAGACAAUGUUUCAGAUCCAGUCAUGCAGGCAUUUUCCAAGUUGACUGGCUUGCCCAUGCCAAAGCGACUGACUGCUGGUUCCAAGAAGAAAGGAAUGGAAGAGGCUAUUGAUUGGAUCCGACAGCACGAACCUGAUAUUGAAAGCAAUCUGGAUGAUCCAACAGUUGAAGCAGUCACCCAGGUUGCUGGUGUAGCUAUGCCACAUCAGUCCCCAGCAGCAGAUGCCAAGCAAAGGGCUGUUGAGGAUGCCAUCGAUUGGCUGAGGAAUAAUGAUCCUGAUCUUUCAGACUUGGAUGAUCUCACUGUUGAAGCCUUUUCAAAGCUGACCGGGCUUCCCAUGCCCAAAAAGAUGACCCCCAAUAACAAGAGGAAGUUUAUGGAUAAUGCCGUGGAUUGGUUGCGAAAGCAUAAUCCUGACACAAGGCAAAACCUGUCUGAUCCAAUGGUUGAGAGCAUUGUACGACUUGCGAAUGUUCCAAUGCCUCCUGCCACAAGUGCCACCGAGGCCAAGAGAAAGGGAUUGGAGGAUGCAAUUAAUUGGUUGAGGAACAAUGAUCCCGACAGUGGUGAAAUUGAUGAUCCCAUGCUUGAGUCUCUUGCCAAGCUGACUGGCUUGCAGUUGCCAUCCGACAUGACACCUGGUGAUAAAGAGAAGUUUGUUGCAGAUGCCCUCAACUGGCUCCGCAAUAAUGAUCCAAACAUCGAAAACAACCUUGAUGACCCUACUAUUGAAGACUUGACUCGGCUUGCUGGUCAUCCUCUCCCCCCUGGCACUGUGUCUAAAGAGGCAAGAGAAAAAUCAUUGGAAGAGGCAAUUGAAUGGCUAAGAAACAAUGACCCUGAUGUCGAGAGCCUUGAUGAUCCCACCCUUGAAGCACUUUCCAGUCUGACUGGAGUUCCCAUGCCUGAAGAUUCGUCGGCACGAUCGAAGGCUAAAUUUAUGGAGGAUGCCCUCGACUGGCUACGAAGUAAUGACCCAUCAAUGGCGAAUGUCCUUGACAAUCCUUCAAUUGAGGUGCUCGCCAGCCUGGCCGGAAAGUCGCUGCCUGCUGGGAUGGCACCGAUGAACCAACUGAAGGAAAGGGUCAUUGAUGCAGUCAAUUGGCUCCGCAAAAAUGAACCGCUUUUGGAUGAAGUGUCCGGGGUAACUGUGAAGGCUUUUUCAAACAUCACAAGUUUGCCACUCCCAGCCAAGAGAAUGUCGCCCCAGGAUGUGAAGAAAUUUGUUGAUGAUGCAGUUGGGUGGCUCCGAAAACAUGAUCCCAUCUUAGACAGUGUUGAUGAACCUACAGCUGAUGAGGUAUCGAGAGUGGCAGGCAUGCCAGUGCCUCAUUUGGAACCGAAGGAUAGGAAGUACAAGGCAAUGGAAGAUGCUAUCAACUGGCUGAGAAACAAUGAUGCAGAUUUAUCUGAUAUUGACAACCCAACUGCGCAAGCACUUUCAAAUCUCACAGGUCUUAACCUUCCAAAGAAAUUGACUCGUAAAAACAAGAAGAAGUUUGCAGAGAAUGCAAUCAGCUGGUUGCGAAACAAUGAACCUGAUAUCAAAAACAAUCUUGAUGACCCUACAGUCGAAGCUAUCACAAGGCUUGCUGGUGUUGCAUUGCCUAGCAAUUUGUCGCAGGAGGAAAAGACCAACAUGAUGGAUGAUAUCAUGCAGUGGCUACGGAACAAUGAUCCAAAUGUUGAUGACCUCGACGAACUGACAGCUAAUGCAUUGGAAAAGCUGUCUGGGGUUCCAAUGCCAAAAUCAGUGACACCAGAGGCGAAGAAAGCCAGACAGAUUGAAGAUGCACUAAAUUGGCUGCGAAACAACCACCCUGACUUGGAGCAGUUAGAUGAUGAAGAUUUUGAAGCCUUUGCCAAGGCAAGUGGAACUCCCAUGCCAACUGGUUCAAAGCUGGAUCCAGCCUUGAUGAAAGCAUUGGAAAAUGCUGUCAACUGGCUGAGACAAAAUGAUCCACCAUUGGACAAUUUGGAGGAACCAACUGUUGAGGCAUUUUCUGUCUUGACUGGUUUGCCAUUGCCGAGUGAUUCACGACCAUCAAAGAUGGCUCCAGACAAGAAGAAGAAGACGCUGGAAGAUAUUGUUAACUGGCUUCGCAAGCACGAUCCUGACACCUCUAAACUUGAUGAAGGCACACUGGACGGUCUAAUGCAAUUACCAGGUGCACCAUUGAUAUCUGGUGUUUUGCCUCGAGAGACCAAGAAGGCGGCAGUUGAGAAUGUCUUGAACUGGAUGAGAAAGAAUGCCCCUGCCGCAGAAGGCCUGGAUGAUCCCAUACUGGGAGCCAUCUCCACUGUAACAGGAAUUCCAAUGCCAAAGAAAGCAAAAGAAAACCAGAAAUUUCUCGAUGAAGCUGUGGGCUGGCUACGGAAGCACACGCCUGAGACAGCCCUGCUUGAUGAGCCCACUCUGGAUACCCUCAUGAAUAUUCCUGGAGCCCCCCUCCCCAAAGGAGUCGUCUCUCGCGACUCAAAGAAGAAGGGUGUUCAGGACGUUGUUGAUUGGCUGAGGAAGAAUGGGCCACCAAAAGAUGAACUAGACGAACCAACCCUAGAAGCACUCUCCAAUCUCACUGGUGUCCCCAUGCCGAAGAAGAUGACACCCAAGGACAAGAAAAACUUCCUGGAUGCUGCAGUGAACUGGCUGCGACAGGGUGGUCCUGAUUUGUCUAAGUUGGACGAGCCCACUCUUGACGGUUUGUUGCAGGUCCCAGGUUCUGCCUUGCCAGCAGCAACUGUGCCAAGAGAGACCAAGAAGAAGGGAGUGGAGCAAGUUCUUGAAUGGAUGCGAGAGAAUGGAGUCACAGUAACUGAUGUUGAUGAACCUACGUUGGAAGCACUUUCCAACUUGACUGGUGUCCCACUUCCAAAGAGAGUGACUGAGGAAGAUAAGAAGUUCAUGGACAAUGUUGUUGACUGGGUGCGAAAGAACAAGCCUGAUACCUCCAAACUUGAUGAGCCAUCCCUUGACAGCCUCCUGCAGGUGCCGGGUGCUCCCUUGCCUUCUGGGGUUGUCCCUCGAGAGACCAAGAAGAAGGGGGUCGAGUCUCUCUGUAACUGGCUGCGAAAGAAUGGUCCUCCUAAAGAAGACCUGGAUGCUCCCACCCUUGCAGCACUGUCCAAUCUAACGGGUGUUCCACUACCCAGGAAGAAUAGCCCCAAAGAGACUAAGAAGUUUCUGGAUACUGUUGUGGUGACAGGUGGGGUUGUAUCAAGAGACAAAAAGAAGAAAGGUGUUGAGAAAGUGAUUGAUUGGCUCAGGAAGAAUGGUGCACCAGAAGUUGAACUUGACGAAGGCACACUUGAAGCACUUUCAAACUUGACUGGUGUCCCACUGCCGAAACAGAAGACAGCUGAGGGAAAGAAGAAGUUUGUGGAAGAUGCUGUCAAUUGGCUGCGACAGGGAGGACCUGACUUGUCCAAGCUGGAUGAACCCACUCUUGAUGGCUUGCUGCAGGUUCCUGGUUCUGAGCUUCCUUCUGUGACUGUCUCAAGAGAAGCGAAGAAGGAAGGUGUUGCUGAUGUUGUGGGGUGGCUGAGAGAGAAUGGUGCUCCUGACAUUGAAUUAGAUGAACCUACCCUUGCGGCUUUUUCCACUCUGACUGGAGUUCCACUCUCCAAAAUAUUGUCCCAAGAUGAAAAGAAAGUGUUCAUGGAAGAUGCAAUUGCUUGGCUGCGGAACGAUGAACCAAAUCUAUCAAAAGUUGACGAGCCCACUGCGAACAGGAUAAUUGAUGUUGCUCAUACACCGUUGCCUUCGUUGUCUGGGCCCAUGGAAGCCAAGAAGAGAGCAUUGAAUGAAGCUGUGAACUGGCUUCGAAAUAAUGACCCUGAUCUAAGCAAUAUUGAUGAACCUACAGUUGAAGCAUUCUCCAGGCUAACAGGGCUGCCACUCCCCAAGAAGAUGACACCAGAAUCAAAGAAGAGGUUUAUGGAAAAUGCAGUUGAUUGGUUGAGGAACAAUGAACCUGAUCUUGAUGGCAAUCUAGAUGAUCCCACUGUUGAAGAAGUUACCAAGCUCGCUGGCGUGCCACUUCCAGCAGGAACAAUUCCGAAGAAAGCAAGGAAGAAAGCUGUUGCUGACGCUUUGAAUUGGCUUCGAAACAACGUGCCAAAUCCUGAUGCCCUUGAUGAUGCAACUUUGGAGUCCCUAGCCACUAUCACAGGUAUUCCUCUUCCUGAGUCGCUUUCAGGUGAUGACAGGAAAAAGUUUGUGGAUGAUGCGGUCGAAUGGUUGCGCAACAACGAGCCAGACUUGAGCAAGAGUCUGGAUGACCCAACAAUGGAAGCACUUACCAAGCUAUCUGGAUCACCGAUGCCACAGUCUCUACCGAAAUCCGACCCAAAGAAGAAAGGGAUGUCUGAUGCCCUGGAUUGGCUCCGUAAUAAUGACCCAAAUCUUGAUGAUAUUGAUGACACCACGGUGGCAGCAUUCUCCAGGUUAACAGGUGUGCCCCUGCCAGAGGAUAUGUCGCUUGAUGCCAAGAAGUUGGCAAUGGAAGAUGCAUUGGAAUGGCUCAGGAAUAACAACCCUGACUUUGAAAUGAACCUGGAUGAUGCCACAGUAGAAGAAUUCACGAAACUUGCCGGGGUUGCUUUACCUGUAGGAACCCUACCCAGAAGCACCAGGAAGGGUGUUGUUGAUGAUGCUCUUGCUUGGCUUCGUGCCAAUGACCCAAGCCCAGGCAGUCUUGAUGUCCCAACAAUGAAGGCACUCUCAAACCUUACUGAUGUUCCUAUGCCGGAGAACAUGUCAGAAGCAGAAAAGCAGGCAUUUGUUGAUGAUGCACUGGAGUGGCUGAGGAACAACAACCUUGACCCUGAUAAGCACAUGGAUGAACCUACUGUCGAGGCAUUGCUGAAUCUUGCGGGGCUUGAGAUGCCAUCAUCUGCAAACCCUAAAGAUGCAAAGGAGCAGGCGCUUGCUGAUGCGAUUAAUUGGCUCCGCAAAAAUGACCCCGACUUGGAUGUAGUUGAUGAUCCUACUGUUGAGACAUUAUCGAAGUUAACAGGGCUUCCAUUGCCUAAAAAGAUGACUCCCAAGGCGAAGAAGAAGUUCAUGGAGUCUGCAUUGGACUGGUUGAGAAACAACGAUCCAUUGACUGCUGAAAUGCUGGAUGAGCCAGGCCUGGAUGAUUUAACUAGGCUAGCUGGUGUGCCCCUGCCCCCUGGUGUUGUUUCGAGGAAGACGAGGAAGGAUGCAAUGAACGAUGCUAUGGACUGGUUGCGAAAUAAUGACCCCAACCUCGAGGUUCUUGGCGACCCCACCUUGGAAACAUUCUCUAAGCUCACUGGAUUGCCGCUGCCGAAGAAGAUGAGUCCCAAAAACAAGAAGAAGUUUAUGGAAAAUGCCCUUGACUGGCUUCGAAACAACACCCCAGACUUGGACAGCCACCUGGACGACUCAACCUUGGAAGAUGUCCUGAGCCUUGCAGGUCUUCCCUUGCCAGCUGGAAUUAUUCCCAAGCAAGACCUUGUUGCGGCUGUUGAAAAAGCAGUGAAUUGGCUGAGGGUGAAUGAUCCAGUUUUGGACGAUGUUUCCCAGUCCACAGCACAGGCUUUCGCCAACAUUACAGGUCUACCCCUUCCAAAGAGAGGGAUGACACAGCAAGGUAUCAAGAAGUUUGUGAAUGAUUCUGUGGACUGGCUUCGUCGAAAUGACCCAGAUUUUAGCAAGGUGGAUGAACCCACUGCCGCGGAAGUUACCAAAGUGGCUACGGUGGCAAUGCCAUUGGCCACUCAAACGAGUGACUCCAGGAAGGAGGCUGUGCAGGAAGCAAUUGAAUGGCUGAGGAAAAAUGAUCCCAACCUGUCUGACAUUGAGAAUCCGACAGUGGAGGCUUUCUCAAAUCUGACAGGACUCCCCAUGCCCAAGAAGAUGACCCCGAAGAAAAAGAGGAAAUACAUGGAAGAUGCCAUAGGCUGGCUUCGGAAGAAUGACCCAGACCUUGAUGAUCUUGAUGAUUCCACUGUUGAGGAGGUCACAAAGCUAACUGGAGUUGCUCUUCCCGCGGAUGUGGUACCUGUUGAGGUGCAAAAGAAGCACUUGGACGAGGCAUUGGCUUGGCUCCGCAACAAUGAUCCUGCACUGUCUGAUGUUGACAUUCCAACUGCAAAUAUUCUUUCCAAAUUGACAGGGGUGCCACUUCCAAAGAAACUGACCCCCAAGAAGAAGAAAGAUUUUGUUGACAGUGUUCUUGAUUGGCUCCGUGAAAAUGAGCCUAGCUUUGAUGACCUUGAUGAGCCCACAGUUGCUGCUCUGACGAAACUGGCUGGUCACGAGAUCCCACGCGGCUCUGCCGCAACUGGAACAAAUGCAAGGGACAUGAGUGAAGUUGUCAAUUGGUUAAGGAACAAUGAUCCAAGUCCAGAUGAUCUGGAUGACGCGACUGCUGUCGCACUUGCUAAGCUUGCUGGAGUUCCUCUACCUGAAGGUGAACUGACACCAAAUCAAAAGGGGCAAGUGCUGGAUGAUAUGCUUGACUGGCUACGGAAUAGUGACCCGGAGCUUCUCGAUCUCGAUGAUCCCACAUUGGAAGCAUUGGCUGGUCUGGCUGGACUCUCUGCACCAGGGACAGACUUUAGUCCAGGAGAGAAAAGGGAAGUGCUUGAUGAUGCUUUGGAUUGGCUUCGGAACAAUCACCCUGAGAAGGAUCUCGAUGAUGAUGCUCUGGCACCAUUGGCUAAGUUGGCUGGCAUCACGCUUCCAGACGGUAUUCUUACACCUUCACAGAAAGCAAGCCUUGCUGAAGAAGCCCUUGAUUGGCUACGUAAUAACGACCCGUCUGUUGAUGAGAUUGAUGAAGUCACUUUACAGGCUUUAGCAAAUCUCGCCGGAGUGCCCGCAGAUGUGAUGCCAGGACCAAAGGGAAACAAGAAGACACCGAAGGACGCAAGGACCAAUGCUGCGCAGGAUGCUCUUGACUGGCUCCGAAAUAAUGAUGUCAGCAUGGAAGACAUUGAUGAACCAGCCUUUGAAGCACUGUCAAAUCUUACCCACAUACCAUUGCCCACGAACGCAGAGGAUAAGCAGCAAUUUGUGGAUAAGGCCUUUGAAUGGUUGAGGCAAAACAAGCCGGACCUUGAUGAGAAUCUUGAAGAAGCAGAUAUCGUUGCACUGACCAACCUUGCAGGAAUGCCCAUGCCUCCUGGAGCCUCCUACAGCGAUGAAAAGAGGAAAGCUCUCCAAGAUGCGAUCAAUUGGCUUCGGAACAAUGAUCCUCCACUGGACAGAGUGCAUGAACCGACUGUGGAGGCCUUCUCGAACUUGACUGGUUUGCCAAUGCCAAAGAAGGCAUCACCUAAGCGCAACAAGAAGUUCAUGGAGGCCGCAAUUGAUUGGAUCCGAAAAAACGACCCUGAUAUUGAUGAUGUGGACGACAAGACUGCAGAGGAGGUCACAAGAUUUGCAGGGGUCGGCAUGCCAACCCCCACUACAACCAAGGGGGCAAAAUCUAAGGCAUUAUCAGAUGCUGUGGACUGGCUGAGGGCGAAUGAACCUAACCCAGAUGAUUUGGAUGAGCCUACUUUUGAAGCGUUGUCAAGCCUAAGUGGCAUUCCGUUGCCCCAGCAGAUGACCCGUGACAAGAAGAAGGAGUUCUUGGAUGAUGCGCUUGAUUGGAUUCGGAACAACAAUCCGAAUGUGGAAGAUUUGGAAGAUAGCGCAGUUGAAGACCUUACAAUGUUGGCUGGUGUUCCCAUGCCUGCAGGAGUAGUUCCAAGGGACCAAAAGAAGAAUGCAUUGGAUGAUGCGGUUGACUGGCUCAGGAAUAAUGAUCCAGACUUGGAUGCCAUUGACGAGCCAGCUCUGGAAGCAUUUUCAAUGCUCACGGGGUUGCCAAUCCCAGAGAAAAUUUCUCAAGAAGCGAAGGAGAAGUUUGUUGAGGAUGCUGUGGAUUGGUUGCGGAGGAAUGAACCCAAGGUUGAUGAGGUAGACAACAAGACACUGCAGACUCUGAGUAGCUUGGGUGCAGAGUCCCUGCCUGAGGGUCCUUCAGAAAGGCAAUUGCGAAGGAAAGCAGUCGAGGAUGCACUUGAUUGGCUGAAAAAGAAUGAUCCUAGGUUGGAAAAUGUUUCGAAUCCAGCUGCAGUCGCUUUCUCUAAUUUGACUGGCCUUCCACUUGCAAAAAAGAUGACACCUAAGAAAAACAAGAAGUUUGUGGAGGAUGCUAUUGACUGGCUCCGGAAAAAUGAUCCAAACCUUGAUGAUUUGGAUGAACCCACUGCAAAUGAGGUAACAAAGAUUGCGAACGCUCCCCAUGCAGCAACCCCCGGAGGCCUAAGUGCGGCACAAUUGAUGGCCUUGGAGGAGGCAGUGGACUGGCUGAGGAACAACGACCCCGUCUUAAAGAAUGUGCGCAAGCCAACUGUAGAGGCCUUUUCAAACUUGACUGGUUUACCCAUGCCUCAGAAGCACUCCACGAAGGCAAACAAGAACUUCUUGAAGGAUUCUAUUGAUUGGUUGAGAAACAAUGAGCCUGAUCUUAGCCAAGUUGAUCAACCCACUGCAGAGGAAGUAGCCAAGCUGACCGGGGUUCCUCUCCCAGCCAAAGAUAGGCUCAGUCCAGCGAAAAUGAAGGCACUGGAAAAUGCCAUUGCAUGGCUGAGGAAAAAUGACCCUCCUUUGGAUGACAUUGGGCCCCCUACAGCUGAAGCCUUUUCAAAUCUUAGUGCAUUGCCCCUCCCAACUGACAUGUCGGCAAGAGCCAACAAAAGGCUGGUGGAAGAUGCUAUCGGUUGGCUGCGAAAUCACGAACCUGAUCUUUCUAGUAUUGAUGAACCCACAGCUGAUGAAGUGAUCAAUCUUGUGAGUUCACAGUUGCCAAAAGAUUCCAAGCUAAGCCCCCUUCUCAGGAUUGAUUUGGAGGAUGCCAUCAACUGGCUUCGAAAGAAUGAUCCUCCCCUCAAGAAUGUCGAAGAACCUACAGUUAAUGCUUUCUCCAGCCUUUCCAGUAUUCCUGUGCCGAAGAAUCUUUCUCCAGAGAACAACAAGAAAUUGGUAGAGGACGCUAUCGAUUGGCUGAGGAACAAUGAGCCUGACCUUGACAGCAUUGAUGAACCAACAGCUAGCGAAAUCAUCAAGACUGCAAAUGCACCCUUGUCUAGUCCAUCCCAGAUAACUCCAGAGCAACAAAAAUCAGUUGAGGAGGCUGUCAACUGGCUUCGAAGAAAUGACCCACAACCUGAUGCUGUGGACGGCCCUGCAAUGGAUGCCAUGUCCAGAAUCACUGGGUUACCGUUACCAAAGGCAGAAUCAUCACUGAUGGAUGAAGUGGUUGACUGGUUGCGCAAGAAUGAACCAGAUACAUCAAGACUUGACGAGCCAACGCUUGAUAGUUUGAUGCAGUUGCCAGGUGGCCCAACACCAUCUGGUGUUGUACCACGCGAGACCAAAAAGAAGGGUGUUGAGGAUGUUGUGAACUGGCUCAGGGAGAAUGGUUCCCCCAAGGAGGAAGUUGAUGAACCUACUCUUGAAGCACUCUCCAACCUGACUGGGGUCCCUAUGCCUAAGGAAAUGACCGCCAAGGACAAGAAGAAGUUUUUGGAUGACUCUGUGGAUUGGCUGCGGAACAACAAACCGGAUACCUCAAAGUUGGAUGAACCUACAUUGGACAGUUUGUUGCAAGUUCCUGGCGCCCCAAUGCCAUCUGGAGUUGUUCCACGUGAGAACAAGAAGAAGGGCGUUGAGGAUGUGAUGGAAUGGCUCAGGAAGAAUGGUGGCCCUGAGGAGGAGCUUGAUGAGCCAACUCACAAGGCGCUCUCUAGUCUAACAGGGGUUCCGAUGCCAUCCAGGAAGACCCCCAAGGACAAGAAGAAGUUUGUUGAUGAUGCAGUGGCUUGGUUGCGAAACAACAAACCUGAUACAUCUAAGCUGGAUGAGCCCACACUUGAUAGUUUGUUGCAGGUUCCGGGAGCGCCAAUACCUUCUGGGGUUGUUUCUCGUGAGUCCAAGAAGGGAGGUCUCGAUGAUAUCUGUGACUGGCUUCGAAAAAAUGGACCACCACAUGGAGAAAUUGACGAACCUAUUCUUGAGGCGUUUUCCCGAAUGACUGGUUUCCCAAUGCCCAAGACAAUAACUUCAAACAGCAAGAAGCUUUUGAAUGAUGUGGUCGAUUGGUUGCGAAAGAAUGACCCAGAUACCUCAAAACUUGAGGAGCCAAUUCUGGACAGUAUCAUGCAGGUGCCUGGAGCUCCGCUGCCCUCCGGUGUUGUGCCACGGGAGACCAAGAAGAAGGGUGUUGAGGAUGUGUUUGACUGGCUGAGACAAAAUGGUGCCCCCAAACAAGAAGUGGAUGAACCCACGCUUCAAGCACUGUCCAAUCUGACGGGUGUCCCAAUGCCCAAGGAGGAUACACCCAAGGACAAGAAGAAGUUUCUGGAUGCUUCUGUGAACUGGCUGCGGAGCAAUGCACCAGAUACAUCCAAGCUUGAUGAACCCACUCUUGACAGUUUGUUGCAGGUCCCGGGUGCACCCAUGCCUUCUGGUGUUAUCCCUCGUGAGACAAAGAAGAAGGGUGUUGAUGAUGUACUUGAUUGGCUGAGGAAGAAUGGUGGUCCAGAGGAAGAGCUGGAUGAACCCACUCUUGAAGCCCUCUCAGAUAUCACUGGUGUUCCAAUGCCCAAGAAGAAGACUCCUGAGACAAAGAAGAAGUUCAUGGACGAUGCUGUUGACUGGCUGCGUAACAACAAGCCAGACACAUCUAAGCUGGAUGAACCCACUCUUGACAGCUUGCUGCAGGUUCCUGGUGCUCCAAUGCCUGCUGGUAUUGUCCUUCGUGACGAUAAGAAGAAGGCUGUCAAUGACGUUGCUGAUUGGAUGAGAAAUUAUGGGACACCAAAAGGAGAAGUAGAUGAGCCCACUUUGGAAGCCCUUGCUACUAUGACUGGAUUUCCACUUCCCAAGUCCCUGGUUCCUGAUUCAAACCAGCUAUUGGAGGAUGUGGUGGACUGGUUGCGCAAGAAUGAUCCUGAUACUGCAAGGCUUGAUGAAACCAUACUUGACAGUCUCAUGCAAAUUCCAGGAGCUCCAGUGCCCUCUGGCAUAGUGUCACGAGAUAAUAAGAAGAAGGGUGUUGAAAGUGUUGUUGAUUGGUUAAGGAGGAAGGGUGUUCCAAAGGGUGAUGUUGAUGAACCUACAAUACAAGCCCUGUCGAAUCUCACAGGAGUGCCUAUGCCAAAGAAGAUUACACCAAAGAACAAGAAGAAGUUCUUGGAUGCUGCAGUUGGUUGGCUGCGAAACAACAAACCAGAGACCUCCAAGCUGGAUGAGCCCACUCUUGACAGUCUUCUGCAAGUGCCCGGGGCUCCAUUGCCUUCUGGAGUGGUUCCUCGUGCCACCAAAAAGAAGGGUGUUGAUGACGUGGUCGAUUGGCUAAGGGACAUGGAAGGCCCAAUUGAAACCCCGGAUGAACCUACCCUGGAGGCUCUCUCCAACUUAACAGGUGUUCCCAUGCCUACCAAGGUUUCUCCAGAGGAGAAGAAGAGGUUUAUGGAGGAUGCAGUUGACUGGCUGCGCAAUAAUGAACCAGAUUCUUCUAAGCUUGACGAGCCCACUCUGGAGAGUUUGAUGCAAGUUCCUGGCGCUCCCAUGCCUUCAGGUAUUGUACCUCGCGAAGAUAAGAAAAAAGCCGCCAAUGAUGUGUUUGAUUGGCUGAGGGAAAAUGGACCACCCAAGGGAAAGCUUGAUGAGCCCACCAUCGAAGCAAUUGCAAGAAUGACUGGUUUUCCUUUGCCAAAGAAGUUGGUACCUGGUUCGAAAGAUCUCUUACAUGAUGUAGUCAGCUGGCUGCGUAAGAACGAACCCGAUAUUGCCAGGCUCGGUGAAGCAACCCUUGACAGUAUCAUGCAGGUUCCUGGUGCCCCAAUGCCCUCUGGUGUUGUCCCGCGGGAUGCCAAGAAGAAAGGUGUGGAGAAUGUGGUGGAUUGGCUGAAGAGAAAGGGAGUUCCCAAGGGUGAAUUGGAUGAACCUACUCUUCGAGCACUAUCAGAUCUGACAGGUGUUCCUAUGCCCAACAAGGGCACACCUAAGGAGAAGAAGAAGUUCUUGGAGGACAGUGUUGCCUGGCUUCGAGAGAAGACACCAGAUAUUUCUAAGCUGGAUGAACCCACUCUUGACAGUUUGAUACAGAUUCCAGGUGUUCCGAUGCCCUCUGGUGUUGUUUCUCGCGAGACCAAGAAGAAGGGUGUGGAGGAUGUUGUUGGUUGGCUAAGGAAGAAUGGAGCACCAAAAGACAUGCCGGAUGAACCAACACUCAAGGCUCUUUCCAACCUCACUGGUGUUCCUAUGCCGAAGAAAAGAACUCCUCACGCUAAGGAAGUUUUUGUUGGAGAUGUUGUGGACUGGUUGCGAAAGAAUAAACCAGACAUAUCAAACUUUGAUGAGCCCACUCUCGACAGUCUGCUGCAGGUAAACGGUCCGCCUGUGCCAUCAGGGGUUGUAUCUCGCGAGACCAAGAAGAAGGGUGUUGAGGAUGUUGUUAACUGGUUGAGGAACAAUGGACCACCCAGUGCUGAAGUUGAUGAGCCCACGGUUGCGGCUGUUGCGCGACUGACUGGUGUCCCCUUGCCCAAGGCGAUGACCCCAGAUACAAAGAAGUUAAUGGAAGACAUUGUUGACUGGUUGAGAAUGAAUGAACCAGAUUAUUCCAAGCUUGAUGAGCCUACACUAGACAGCAUCAUGCAGGUUCCGGCCGUGCGCAUGCCUUCUGGUGUUGUCGCUCGUGAGACCAAGAAGAAGGGUGUUGAGGAUGUUGUAAACUGGCUAAGGGAGAAUGGUUCCCCCAAGGAGGAAGUUGAUGAACCUACUCUUGAAACACUUUCCAAUCUAACAGGGGUCCCUAUGCCUAAGGAAAUGACCCCCAAGGAAAAGAAGAAGUUUAUGGAUGAGUCUGUGGACUGGCUUCGGAACAACAAACCAGAUACCUCAAAGUUGGAUGAACCUACUCUGGACAGUUUGUUGCAAGUUCCGGGUGCCCCAAUGCCCUCUGGGGUCGUGCCACGUGAGAACAAGAAGAAGGGUGUGGAGGCUGUUGUCGAGUGGCUCAGAAAGAAUGGCAGUGCAGGUGUACUCCCUGAUGAACCAACGCUGGAAGCUCUUUCCAAGUUGACAAGUGUACCCAUGCCCACAAGACAGACAAACAAGGAGAAGGAAAGGUUUCUGGAGGAGGCAGCUAACUGGUUGCGGAGCAAUGAACCAAAUACAUCCAGACUGGACGAGCCUGCCCUUGACAGCUUGAUGCAGAUUCCGGGUGCUCCAAUCCCUGCUGGGGUGGUAUCUCGAGAGGAUAAGAAGGUGGUCGCGGAGAAUGUCGUGAACUGGUUACGAAAAAAUGGGCCACCGAAGCAAGACUUAGAUGAACCAACGGUAGAGGCCUUAGCGACUAUGACAGGUUUCCCCCUUCCCAAGACAUCAUCACCAAAUGUAAAGGGCUCAAUGAGGAAAGCCUUGAAUGAUGUGGUUGACUGGUUGCGCACCAAUGAGCCAGAUACAUCGAAGCUUGACGAGCCAACACUUGACAGUUUGAUGCAGGUUCCAGGUGGCCCAAUUGUCUCUGGUGUUGUGCCACGUGAGACCAAGAAGAAGGGUGUUGACGCCUUAGUUGAUUGGCUGCGAAAGAAUGGCGCCCCCAAACAGGAAGUUGAUGAACCCACUCUUGAAGCACUCUCCAAUCUCACAGGGGUCCCCAUGCCUAAUGAAAUGACGCCAAAGAACAAGAAGAAGUUCUUAGAUGCCUCUGUGAAUUGGCUGCGGAGCAAUAAACCUGAUACCGCAGAGUUGGAUGAGCCUACCCUCGACAGUUUGUUGCAAGUUCCUGGUGCCCCAAUGCCUUCUGGAGUUGUUCCACGCGAUAACAAGAAGAAGGGCGUCGAGGAUGUGAUGGAAUGGCUGAGGAAGAAUGGUGGCCCUGAGGAGGAGCUUGAUGAGCCAACCCUCAAGGCGCUCUCCAAUCUAACAGGGGUUCCCAUGCCAUCCAGGAAGACUCCCAAGGACAAGAAGAAGUUUGUUGAUGAUGCAGUGGCUUGGUUGCGAAACAACACACCUGAUACAUCUAGGCUGGAUGAGCCCACACUUGAUAGUUUGUUGCAGGUUCCCGGAGCUCCAAUGCCUUCUGGAGUUGUUCGCCGUGAUGCCAAGAAGAAAGGCGUAGAGGAUAUGGCAAAUUGGCUGAGGAAGAAUGGUCCUCCAAGUGAAGAAGUGGAUGAGCCCACAGUUGAAGCUCUGACAAGGUUGACUGGUUUCCCUUUGCCCAAGAAAAUAUUACCUGAUACCAAGAAGUUGAUGGAUGAUGUUGUUGACUGGCUGAGGAAUAAUCAACCAGACACAUCAAAGCUUGGUGAGCCCACUCUGGAGAGUAUCAUGCAGGUCCCAGGAGCUCCAAUGCCCUCUGGUGUUGUGCCCCGGGAGACUAAAAAGAAGGGUGUUGACGAUGUUCUUGAUUGGUUGAGGAAAAAGGGAGUUCCAAAGGGUGAUAUGGAUGAACCUACGCUUGAAGCACUAUCCAAUCUGACAGGAGUACCCAUGCCAAAGAAGAUGACACCAACGAACACGAAAAAGUUUUUGGGUGCCUCUGUGGAUUGGUUGCGCAACAACAAGUCUGAUACCUCACAAUUGGAUGAACCCACUCUGGACAGUUUGUUGCAGGUACCAGGUGCACCAAUGCCUUUUGGAGUUGUCCCACGCGAGAUGAAGAAGAAGGGCGCCGAGGAUGUGAUGGAAUGGCUCAGGAAGAACGGUGGACCUGUCGAACUUCCAGAUGAACCAACUCUGGAAGCGCUUUCCAACUUGACAGGAGUGCCUAUGCCAACCAAUGGAACCCCCAAGGAGAAGAAGAAGUUUGUGGAGGAUGCAGUGGACUGGUUGCGAAGCAAUAAACCUGACACAUCCAAGCUGGAUGAACCCACUCUUGACAGCUUGCUGCAGGUUCCUGGUGCUCCAAUGCCUGCUGGAAUUGUCCCUCGUGAGGAUAAGAAGAAGGGUGUUGAUGAUGUUGUGAAUUGGCUGAGAAUGAAUGGCCCACCACCUGAUGUGGUAGAUGCCCCCACAGUUGAGGCUCUGGCAGAAAUGACCGGUUUCCCACUCCCCAAGAAAGUGGCUCCAGACUCCAAGGAUAUCAUUAGAGAUGUGGUGGACUGGUUGCGCAACAAUGAGCCAGAUACAUCAAGACUUGACGAGCCAACACUUGACAGUUUGAUGCAGGUGCCAGGUGGCCCAACACCAUCUGGUGUUGUACCACGCGAGACCAAGAAGGAGGGUGUUGAGGAUGUUGUGAACUGGCUCAGGGACAAUGGUUCCCCCAAGGAGGAAGUUGAUGAACCCACUCUUGAAGCACUCUCCAACCUGACUGGUGUUCCCAUGCCAAAAAGCAAGACACCUAAGGACAAGCAGAAGUUUUUGGAUGCCUCUGUGGAUUGGCUACGGAACAACAAACCGGAUACCUCAAAGUUGGAUGAACCUACUCUGGACAGUUUGUUGCAAGUUCCUGGUGCCCCAAUGCCUUCUGGAGUUGUUCCACGCGAGAACAAGAAGAAGGGCGUCGAGGAUGUGAUGGAAUGGCUGAGGAAGAAUGGUGGCCCUGAGGAGGAGCUUGAUGAGCCAACCCUCAAGGCGCUCUCCAAUCUAACAGGGGUUCCCAUGCCAUCCAGGAAGACUCCCAAGGACAAGAAGAAGUUUGUUGAUGAUGCAGUGGCUUGGUUGCGAAACAACAAACCUGGCACAUCUGAUCUGGAUGAGCCCACACUUGAUACUUUGUUGCAGGUUCCCGGAGCUCCAAUGCCUUCUGGAGUUGUCCCCCGUGAUACCAAGAAGAAGGGUGUUGAGGAUAUGGCAAAUUGGCUGAGGAAGAAUGGUCCACCAAAUGAAGAAGUGGAUGAGCCCACAGUUGAAGCUCUGACAAGGUUGACUGGUUUCCCUUUGCCCAAGAAAAUAUUACCGGAUACCAAGAAGUUGAUGGAUGAUGUUGUUGACUGGCUGAGGAAUAACCAACCAGACACAUCAAAGCUUGGUGAGCCCACUCUGGAUAGUAUCAUGCAGGUCCCAGGAGCUCCAAUGCCCUCUGGUGUUGUGCUCCGGGAGACUAAAAAGAAGGGUGUUGAGGAUGUUCUUGAUUGGUUAAGGAGAAAGGGAGUUCCAAAGGGUGAAGUGGAUGAACCUACGCUUGAAGCACUAUCCCACCUGACAGGAGUACCCAUGCCAAAGAAGAUGACACCAACGAACACGAAAACGUUUUUGGAUGCCUCUGUGGAUUGGUUGCGCAACAACAAGCCUGAUACCUCACAAUUGGAUGAACCCACUCUGGACAGUUUGUUGCAGGUACCAGGUGCACCAAUGCCUUCUGGAGUUGUUCCUCGUCAGACCAAGAAGAAGGGCGUCGAGGAUGUACUUGAUUGGCUGAGGAAGAUUGGUGGACCUGCCAAACUACCAGAUGAACCAACUCUGGAAGCGCUUUCCAACUUGUCAGGAGUGCCUAUGCCAACCAAUGGAACCCCCAAGGAGACGAAGAAGUUUGUGGAGGAUGCAGUGGACUGGUUGCGAAGCAAUAAACCUGACACAUCCAAGCUGGAUGAACCCACUCUUGACAGCUUGCUGCAGGUUCCUGGUGCUCCAAUGCCUGCUGGAAUUGUCCCUCGAGUGGUACAACAUAAUGGUGUUGGGCCACCAUGA